GAGGGCAGGGAGAUAGUGUGAGACAGGAGCCCAGGGGAGAAAGAGAAAAACUAAGACUCAAGGAGCAACGCAAAGCAAAGUCAAGGAGUCAAGACCAGAGUAGCUGAGCAGAGGCCAAGAAGGGUCCGAGAGGGCUGUGCAGCAGCAAUGGCCCUAAGGAUGCUCUGGGCUGGACAGGCUAAGGGGAUCCUAGGAGGCUGGGGGAUCAUCUGCUUGGUGAUGUCUCUACUCCUCCAGCACCCAGGAGUCUACAGCAAGUGCUACUUCCAAGCUCAAGCCCCCUGUCACUAUGAGGGGAAAUAUUUCACCCUGGGCGAGUCUUGGCUCCGCAAAGACUGUUUCCAUUGCACCUGUCUGCAUCCUGUUGGCGUGGGCUGCUGUGACACGUCCCAGCAUCCCAUCGACUUCCCGGCUGGGUGUGAGGUACGUCAGGAGGCAGGAACCUGCCAGUUCUCCUUGGUGCAAAAAUCUGACCCUCGGCUGCCCUGCAAAGGGGGAGGGCCUGACCCAGAAUGGGGCUCAGCCAACACCCCUGUUCCUGGGGCUUCUGCUCCCCACUCCAGCUAAACUCAACUGAUCACCCAUCUGCUGACUGGUCACUGCUGCUGCCACUUCCAGGGAAACCACUAGCA